UCUGUCAUCCGGUUGAUGGUCUGCAUGCGAAAAAAUUAGCAGCAGCAGCAGCAGCUAGUAAAUGAGCGAAAGCGCGCGCGCGGCGGUGCACAAACUUCAGCACGAGCGCGAGCGCGAGUUUCACCACCGCCGAACGCGCAGAGGUUUUCUCCAUGAACCUCACACACACACACACCCAGGAUGGACUGCACUAUUAAGGAAGCUCUGGCGGUGGUGAGUCAGGAUCAGUCCAUAUUUGAGCCGCCGUUUGGAAGCAUGAAGUCCGAGAUCACGUCUCCGGCGGCGCAGGCCGGAUUCAGACAAGGGUCGGAGGAAAGCACCGAGUCCGAGUGGACGAACACGUCAGCGAACAUUCCUACGAAGAAAAGCGAACACGUCAACGGAGCUAGUCGUGAGUCUCCAGUGGAGGUCAGCGCUGCUAAAAGAAGUCGUCACAUCAGCAGUAGUGAUGGAGGGCAGCAGCCGUAUCAGCCAUCGUAUCCAGAGCCGAGGACGAGUCCACAGAGCACCACAGAAGAGAAAAGAGUCAUCGUACCUGCAGACCCGGAGGUUUGGACUCAGGACCAUGUACGUCAGUGGGUGGAGUGGGCAAUAAAAGAGUACAGCCUGGUGGAGGUGGACGUGUCCCUCUUCCUCCAACUGGAUGGAAAGAUGCUCUGCAAAAUGUCGAAAGAGGACAUGAUGCGUCUCACGACGCACUACAACGCCGACGUCCUGCUGUCACACCUCAACUACCUCCGCCAGAGUAGUCCGACCUUCUCAUACCCAACGACCCCCACCAACACACAGCCCCCACCGAGGCUACAGGUCAAAGCAGAAAAUAAUUUUGAGGAGAUCAGCAGGAGAAACAGUUGGCCAUCAGGAACCAUGACGGUUCCUAAAGGUUCUCCGGUGGAGCAGCAGAUCAACAGCAGGAUUUCAGAACCUUCAUCCAGAAUCACUCAAGAUCCAUACCAGGCGUUAGGGCAGAUCAGCAGCCGUCUCGCUAAUCCAGGUUCAGGUCAGAUCCAGCUGUGGCAGUUUUUGCUGGAGCUCCUGUCAGACAGCAACAACUCCAACAUCAUCACCUGGGAGGGAACGAACGGCGAGUUUAAGAUGACCGAUCCGGACGAAGUGGCCAAGCGCUGGGGCGAACGCAAGAGCAAACCCAACAUGAACUACGACAAGCUGAGCCGCGCCCUGCGCUACUACUACGACAAGAACAUCAUGACCAAAGUGCACGGCAAGCGAUACGCCUACAAAUUCGACUUCCAGGGCAUCUCUCACGCGCAUCAGAACCACCCGAACGAGGCCAACGUCCUCAAGUUCCAAAACGAAGUGCCCUACGUUCAGAGCUACCACAGCCACCAGCCCAAAGUGAACUUCAUGGGCUCACACUCCGGCCCCAUGCCCGUGUCCUCGACCAGCUUUUUCCCUCCAAACUCCAACUACUGGAGCUCACCGACCAGCGUGGUGUAUCCCAGUUCCCAGAUGCCUCGACACCCGGCCACACACUCGCAUUUAAACUCUUAUUAUUAAAACCAUGGCCACUAGAAAGUCAGUGUCAAGGGAUCUUCACUAGUUUAUGUCAUAAACAAGAUCAUCCAGCAUCAAGAAAACCUGAGAUCUGGACAGAAAGAUUCUGCAUUUCAAGUCUUAUUUAAAAAAAAAAGGUUAAAACUAAAAAAGUAUAAUUUUUAAACUAACUGAUCAGCAAAGUUCGCUGCUUAAAGCAGAUCUUUAAGGGUUAAAGUCUCGAUUUUAGGAACUAAUUAAAGCAUUUCUAACAUUUUUAAUGGAUUUAUAAAGUACAGGAAAUCGAUGGUGAAAGUGUUUUAGAUGCGCUUCACACGUGACCUUGUUUCAUUUUUAUUAUUUAUAUAAUAUGACAUCAAUCACAUGUGAAUUUACUGCAUCACUGAUUGUUAUGUCUCAGAUCACUGGAAAGGGAGGAAAUAAAGCAAACAGAAGUUUAUAGCCGAACACUUUUUCCUGAACACAAACGGCUCAUGUUUGAUUUCAGAUUUUAUUGCAUUUAUUCGUUCGUCUGAGGCUUUUUAUUCUUUUGUAUUCAUGAUGCAGUAUCUGAAGUGUAUGUGGAUCUCAAGGAUUCAAACUCACAACCUUCUGGUUAGUGGAGAAGAACCAGAAACCCAAAGGACUCCAGAAUAUAAAGAAAAUGGACGUCUUUAUUGUAAAAGGAUUUUCUUAAUGAUAUAAACCAAACUUUUACUAAGGUUAUAUUACCUGUAGCAGUUAAACUUUCACACAUGCACUCACACACACACACACACACACACACACACACACACACACACACACACACACACCUAUACACAUCCCACACACACGUCUAUACACCCCCCACACACACACACCUACACACACACACACACACACACACACACACGCACGAGUGUAAAUAGUAUUUUGCAUAUGAUGUAUAAAAGGGCUAAAUUUUCCCUCUCGGUUCACAAACUCACGUUCACCUGAAACCUGGUGUUUUUUUCUGUAUUUGUUUUUCGUGCUUUUGUACAGAACUUACAACGUGUCGAGCAUCACACGUUUAUAUGUAACAACUUUUUUUAAACCAAUAAAAUAAACAUGUAUCUCACAUUUAAUUCA